AUGGAAACCAGCCGGUCAGAACUCACUGGAGAUGGUCAGAAGACUUCAGAACUUGCUACUGUAGAAGUCAUCCUUACAAGUUUCAAUGGAGGAGCAACUUCGGCUAAAGGGGUUAUGCCACUGGACAUAACUGUAGGGGGAACUAAUAGGACUACAGUCUUCUUUGUAAUAGAUGGUCCUACUAGUUACAAUGUGCUACUAGGAAGGGAUUGGAUCCAUGGGAGUCGCUGCAUACCUUCAUCGCUCCACCAGUGCCUGAUCUUCUGGAACGACAAAGGCGAAGCAGAAGUGGUGCAGGCAGAUCACAGACCCUUUGUGGCAGAAGCAAACUCGGUGGAAANUGGUGCAGGCAGAUCACAGACCCUUUGUGGCAGAUGCAAACUCGGUGGAAAGGUUCAUGUACGAAGAAAAUUAUGGACCUGUCAGGAUAGUCCAAGAUGGAGAAGAGACUCAAAUUGUUGCACAGAGCGAAGAGUCAUUUUCAGUGGAUACACUUACUGA